AUGCAGCGAGCUUUCGAUGAGAAGGGACGUUCUCCGUCUCGUGAUAGCGUCUCGGUUGCCUCCAGUUCGAGUGACUCCACGACCGACUCGCCCAAAAGCGAGCCUGAGAAGAGCGAGAGCAAGUCCACUCGGCGGUACCGACGACAACUCAUGCGUCAGGAGAAGCUUCAGGAGUUUUUGGCGCAGCACCAAUUCUCGCAGGAUGUCUGUGAGCCGCGAACUCCUGGAUGCUGCCUCUUUGUGGACAGGGAAACCGUGUAUCCGAUUCACAUCGCUGCAGCGCAGGGCGACCAGGAGCUCAUUCGAAUGCUGAUUUCCGGCAAUGCGGACUUGAACCGAAGGACGUCCAAGGGCCGGAGUGCCUUGGACUUCGCGGAGGAAGCAGACAGCAACGGCUCCCACAGUGGCGUUUUGGAGUUCCUGAGGAACGAUGUCAAAGUGCUUGGCCUCCGGCCCAGGCAGCGUCAAGAUGCGAGUGAAGACGGUGUGGUUGAUGCAUGCCUGCAGCAGGGUGAGAUUCAGGUGGAAACCUCCCAGCAUCGCAUUGAUGAACAGGCCGAGGGCCGAAAGCGUGCCAAGGAGUCUUGCGCCAAGAGUCCUGAGCCCGGCAAGGGAGUUCAGAUGUACAAGUCCAAGGUGCAGCACGCGCAGUGCCCAGGCAGCGUCAAGAUGCAAGUGAAGACGGUGUGGUUGCAGCAGGGUGAGAUUCAGGUGGAAACCUCCCAGCAUCGCAUUGAUGAUCAGGCCGAGGGCCGAAAGCGUGCCAAGGAGUCUUGUGGUCCCGUCUACGACAGCUUCACAAAGCAGAGGCCAGCCAUCGACAAAAUCGUCCGCAUCAGCCUGAACCAUGUGCAAAGGAGCUCCAAAGAUGGCAUCGUCCGGGCCCUCGCGGUGUGGCCGCCAGAAGCCAAGCUAGAGGUCGGCCUGCCUCUGGAUGUUGGCGCGCAGCUGUACCCAGAUUUGGUCUCGGAGGAGGGUGCAGGAGUGGAGCAACUAAGGUUGGAAGCGGGCAAGAGCGCCGGUCUGAUGACCACCGUCCUUGCAGAGUGGCGAAAGGUGAGGAGGAGGCAGAAAGCCCAUUCUUCCCUGGAGCUGCUUCUGCGGCAGUGGGAAAGUGGGUUUGCAAAAGGCCUUCAGACCACCGUCGUUGCAGAAUGGCUGCGCCUUGCAAGAGAAACGAAGCGGGAGCUGAAGCAUGAGCGGGCGCAUGCUGUGGUCGAGCUUACAUUGUCCCAAUGGGAAAAGGGACAGACCAAGGGCCUCAUGGCCACCGUGGUCAAAGACUGGCACAAGUACACCGAGGUGACAGCUUCGAAUGGUCGCAAGAUUCGUGGCGCUGGAACGCUGGAGGAGAAGCUCCUUCUUGCGACGUUGAGAUUGUGUCUUCAUGGAUGGCGCCAGCACCUGGACGUUGUGCACGCCCGGGCCAACACCAAGGCUCUCCACGAAAGCAUGGACAUCCAAAGGCUGAACUUGGUCUUUGUGCUUUGGCGCCUCUGCUUCAUGGAGGAAAAAAGAGAGCAGGCUUUCGGGCAGGUGGCCGAGAUCAGCGCCAUAGCGUUUGAACUCCAGCAGGCGCAAAACUGCUUGGUGGAGGAGAAGAUCCUCCUGGAAGGGAGAUUGGAGAAGGCCUAUGAGACUCUCCAGAAAGAACUUCAGACCAAGGAGGAGUUGACAAUUGAGCUGCGGGAAGCCUACAGCAAGCAGGCAAACCGCUCUGCGCUUCUCCCUGAUUUGCCUGCCAAUUUGACUCUGAGUCCUGGAGCUUUGACGCACAGCUCUGCCUUCAGCCAGCGGGUGGGAGCUGAAAUUGCGGCUUCCGUCGCCUCCGCAUCCAUGCACUUAAGGUCGCGCGAAGGCACGCCGAGGGCCGAUGCAGACGACCCGAAGCAGAGGAGAACAAAGGUUUCGCCUCUUUUGCCAGGCGUCUCCAAAGGCCUCAACGGAACGAGUGCAGAUGCUGGGUCAUCCUCCGAGCUGGACUGGAACGCAGCCGUCCCGCGUAUCGAGGAGAUGAUGAAAAACAUGGCGGAUGGUGAAACACCGAAGGCUGCAAGUGCCAUUGCAAGUCGAGGCGACACGGCGGAGCGCUUUGAGGCCUUGGGCCGUGCCAUCGAGCAAGAGGAUGGACUUCCAGGUCUAGUGAGCCGCUCCAGCCCGCGCAGCAAGUCUCCCACUGCAAUGGCUGCAGAAAGGAGGCGGCGCAAGGCCGCGGAGCGUGCAGGCCGGCUGGAUGACGAGGAUGAGUGGGUGUGA